GUUAUCGGACCCCUUUCUGGGCGCGCCUCAAAGUUUUGUACGGAUGCAUGUUUAAGGAGGUAAUUGGAAGCGCGUAGCUGGAAUGUUGAGAAAGCGACCAAGAUGUUCAAGGAAACGCUUGAAUGGAGAUCAGACUACAAGCCUGGGGAAAUUCGUUGGAAUGAGGUAGCACAUGAAGGAGAAACAGGUAAAGUCUUCAGAGCCAACUUUGUGGAUCGAUUUGGUAGACCUGUUCUCAUUAUGAGACCAGGGAAGCAGAAUAGUAAAACCGGGGAAGGUAACGUUCGUCAUUUAGUGUAUCUAAUCGAGAACGCGAUUCUAAACCUCCCUGAAGGCCAGGAACAAAUGACUUGGUUGAUUGAUUUCACUGGAUAUUCGAUGAAUGCAUCAAAUAUCCAGAUGAAAACAUCUCGAGAUAUUGUUAACGUGUUACAAAACCAUUAUCCUGAGAGACUUGGCAUCGUUGUCCUGUACAAUCCUCCUAAAAUAUAUCAAGCAUUCUUUAAGGUUCUAAGUUACUUCAUUGACCCAAAAACAUAUCUCAAGAUCAAAUUUGUUUACCCAAACCAUAAAGCUAGCAUAGAGGUUAUGAAGUCGUUUUUUGAUACUGAAAACCUUCCGAGUGAGUUUGGGGGAAACGUUAACUUCAAUUUGAACUACGAUCAUGAAGCGUUCUCCAAAUUGAUGCUUGAGGAUGAUAUAAAAACCGCCAAGUUCUGGAAUUCAGAGAGCAAAUCUGUUAAUGAUACGAAUGGUCAUUGAGUCGCGCCAAUUUAGGAUCACAAACCAUUAUAUAUUUUCUUGGAAGCGAAGAAGAGAGAUAAAAUGGCAUCAACGUUCAAAGGGAACAAGAAAAGGUACAAUGGAACUGAUUGUAUGUAUUUUUCUGUAACAGAGUACUCAUACAACUUUCCUUGCUUCAAAAUGGAUACUCAUGUAAUUUUUUGA